AGCCCGAGCCCCGGUGCAGCCCGAGCCCCAGUGCAGCCAGUGGUGUGUGAGCCGGUGACGGGGCCGGGAUGAGUGUGGCCGUGAACGGGGAGAUUCCUGUCCCCACAGAACAAGAUGAACUGCAGCGAUGCGCAGACCAGGUCACAGACGAGUCUCUCGAGAGCACAAGGCGUAUGCUACAGCUUAUGGAUGAGAGCAAAGAUGCCGGGAUCCGAACUCUGGUCAUGUUGGAUGAACAAGGAGAGCAACUGGAGAGGAUCGAGGAGGGAAUGGACCAGAUCAACAAGGACAUGAAGGAAGCUGAGAAAAAUCUGUCGGACAUGGGAAAGUGCUGUGGCCUGUGCUCCUGUCCCUGUAGCAAGUUAAAGAACUUUGAGGCCGGGGGAGCGUACAAGAAAGUUUGGGGCAACAAUCAGGAUGGGGUGGUUUCCAGCCAACCCGCACGGGUGGUCGAUGAUCGAGAGCAGAUGGCAAUGAGCGGUGGUCACAUCCGACGAGUGACAGAUGACACCCGGGAGAACGAGAUGGAGGAGAACUUGGAGCAGGUUGGCAGCAUCAUCGGGAACCUGAGACACAUGGCCCUGGACAUGGGCAACGAGAUCAGCUCCCAGAACGCCCAGAUCGACAGGAUCGCGACCAAGGGCGACAUGAACAAAGUCCGCAUCGAUGAAGCUAACAAGCACGCCACCAAAAUGCUGUGAGACCCUCACACACCCCUCGCUCAACCCUGACACCCCCUCUCACCGCCGCCCCUGCCCUGCCCUCCGCCCGGAGAUCUCGCUCUCCCGCUCGCUACGAUCACGAACCACGGCCCCCCCC